AUGGCCGCCAACGACCCAGCGGCCCCUACUAACAUGGGCGGUCGAUCUGACCGACGCUCUCCCCCUCCUGCUGCUCAUUCCAAACGAGAUCGCAAGAGACAGGCUCUUAUGGAGCGACUCUCCAGCAUGACCGAUAAGUUCCACAGAGAGCGGGACAUGACAUAUCGCGAUCAGCUACAGAAGAUCCAAUUCGACAUCAAUCUCGUGCAGCGCUUCGAUCCCUACGACCCCAAGAUUCUUCAAGUCAUCGCCGAGCUUCAACGGGAACAUACCAAUACUCAAGGCCCUCCAGUCAACGCCGAAGAUGCACGAAGCCUGCUUGACAUGGCAGGUAUCAGAUUUUCUGACUUCAUGGCCGAGAUUGAGGAUCUCGUCGAAAUUCGUGACUUUCAAUUAACACAAUCCAAGAAUGAAUACGAACGACGACUUCGAGAGUAUAAGAACACUUAUGCCUACAAGGUCGAAACCGCAAAGCGCGAGCACAAGGCUCUUACAAGCACUCUCCGCGAUCGGUUAAUCAAUACCCUUACCCACAAGAAGAACCGAUUGAAUCGCGAAAAAGAAGUUUUGGAAAUCAACGACUCCAAUGCCUUACUGCUCAACCCGAAUCAGUUCAGUCUGACCAACCCUGCCAGUCCCGGCGGUCCUCACGGCAAACGAGCCACACGUUUGCGCAAGGACGCCGACGACUUGCAAAUGUACUCAGACAACAAGAAACGCAAGCGAAACGCCAACGACGACGACGGCUCCCCUGCGCCGACUCGACGUGCUCUCGACAACCACAACACAACUCCUCUAUGGCAGUCUGAGAAGGCUCGCGCUGCUGCCAAGCAGAACGGUCCUGUCUACAGUAUUGACAAGCUAUUCACGGAUAAGGAGCUGUCGCUUAACUACAACACAGCUGCCUUGGCUGCGCAUCAAUACAUUCUUCGCAAUCGCGUGAACGGUGGCGGCCUUUCGCCGGAAGAUAGUGACUCUGGCAACGGCGAUGCCAACGACCACGACGCUGAUUCUCAGCCUUCUGCUCCCGCAAUGGAGCGUUCUGUCUCACAUGCCACUCGCAGUAACCGUGGCGGUGCUAACCAUAACUUUAUUGACGACAAGAUUCUGGGAGUUGAGGGGGUUGCCAACUUUGAAGUUAACAACCUAGACAUCUUGCACUCCCAGGAGCCGCCCAAGAUGCCCCCUCCCGUGCCUCAACAAUACCUUAAACCUUACCCUCGUACUGCCGAUCAGAACUUCCCUGUUCCUCUGUCUAAUGACGACAUCAUGUCUGACCUGUCGGUUAUGGGCUACUUCAAGCAGUAUGAUGCUGCUCACAAGCCCGGAGCUCACCUCGAUAACCCAGCUGGAAUGCGUAAGGUGCUUGCAGCUGUGGCAACGCCUUACCAGAACUCCCAAUAUGUGGCCUUUACCAGCGCUCCUCGAGAAGACCCUGAGCAGGUCCGCGAUUCACUUGGACUACCUGCCAUCAGCAGCCUGCGAGACCAGCCUAGCCCUGCGAAUGCUACUGCAGCCACUUCGGUAGCAGCCUUGUCAAGUGCUGCAGUGCCCAUGAGCCGCCAGAGCAGCGGCGGCGGAGUUGCUAUGAGCCGUCAGGGAAGCAGCAGCACUCGUGGCAAGGGACGCAAGAACUAG